UUGAAGCCAGGAGUUACUACAUUUACAUUAAAGUCCUUCAGAUUUUGCAACAUUUCAUCUGUUGAUAUUUCAGAAGUCACUGAUGCAUUUACAAACUACAGAGGAUAUGUUUAUACAAAGAAAGAAGUCCAAAACUCCAAGUAUCUACCAUUAGAUAUCCUUGAAAGAAAGGAAAGAAACAAGUUAUUGUUUGUUCCAAAUGACGAAACACUUAUUCCUAUUGAGACAGACUAUGAUCCAUAUUCAUUCUCAUAUGUCAAUCGUUCCUUUGAUAUUAACUAUGUCAAAGACGAAAAUGACAAGUCAAAAGAGGUCAAAACUGAUGAAUUUAUGGAUUAUUGCAAUGCAUCGAGUUCAAGAGCCGAUAGAGUUUAUUUCCCUACGACAACUAACUUAAAUAACAACAAUCCAGAUUAUUUCAAAUGCAAUGGAUAUUCAUGUGAUGUUUAUUGCAAUGGAACUGCAAAUGUUGAACCAUCACAAUCAUCAGACGUUUCAUCUUCAUCAUCGUCAUCAGAAUUAGAUCCAAACAAGAAUUAUACUUACACAUAUACAAGAACAAAUGUUACAUCAGAAUCAGAAACGAUGACAAAUGAAACUUAUGAAACAGUUAUCAUGACAUUAGAUAAUUCCAGCGAGACAUCUUAUUCAACAACCAUGGCUAUGCAAGUUGUCAGAACUGUUAUGCACGUAAACCAAGAAUCAGAAUCACUAAUAUUAGUUGAAAUCCCAGAUGAUGCCAAAGCUGAUGCAAGAGAUCCUGAAGCAUCAGGAAAAAAGAUUUUGUUGAUAACAAUAGGUUUGGCAUUCUUACUCAUCCUCGCAAUGAUUGGCAUUUUCUUGUAUAGAAAAACGAAGCAUCAAUCAGCUGAUGGUGCAAAAUUCGAUCAAAUGGACGAAGAUUUGGGAUAUGUGAAAGACCCAGAGAACGAGGAAUUUAAUGAUUCAGAAACUUAUUAUUGCGAUGAUAAGAAAGAUGAUGUCAAUGCGGAAUCAUUCGGUGUUGAUAAGGUUCCAAUUUAUGGAUCAGAUAGAGGUGAAAGUCUAGAUUCAAGUGGAAAGAUUAAUCAACAACAAUCCGAUGAUAAUAUUAAUACUUGA